AUGCAGGGCCAGGAAUCAGCCGUUGCAUCUGCGGAUGUGCGUCGCUUCGUGCACACUGCGGCAGAGCCAGGACUGCAGUGUAUGGCAUGGCUGCCUGCACACGAAACCUUCGUGGAUGCACGGCUGCGAAUUGGCCAAGAUCAGCUUGAGCUGCAGACGCUGGGGACGGGCACGCCUCCGGUAAAGAUCUGCCUGGGCUACCUGAGGUCGGCCAGCGUGGCUUCAAACGCCCAGAUUCCUUACCCUUCCGGGCUGAGUAUCAACUGGGUGGACUUCGCGGUAUUGCUGGAGUUCUUUGACCUCACAGAGGCCAUGGAAUUGCGUACGGAAUGCGUGUUGCUCAAUGGCGACGUCGAGGCUGCGCUUCUGUGCCGCUCUUUGGGGCAGCUUCAGCGCUUUGGUGUUCCACCCCUGGAGAAAGAUCUGGAGCUCCCAACUUGGGUUGCCGCACGAGCGCGUGCUGCUGUUGCGACUUUGACAUCGCCGGACAUCUUGAUGGCGCUGAAGCGAUGGCGUGCUGGCUCUGCCCUCGUGGCGCCUUCGUCGCCCUCGCUGCCUUCGCGUCUUCGCACCUCCUCCGAGGUGGGCGCAAGCUGCACAGGCUUAUCUCUUUCCGCAUUUUGGAAAGACGCAACAGCCGGGGUUUGGGAAGUUCUGAACUCGCCAGCUCUGCUUGGCAUCAAGCCAGACCCGAACCUGGCUGCAGGCUGGGAUGCGCCACUGCCCCUGAAUGGCGGGGACCGCUUAGACGGCGAAGCAGAGCUCUCUGCCAGAUGGAAGAAAGUGCUGGGUGAUCGUUCGCCUGCAGAGCUAACGCGGAGCGAACUGCGAGCUCUGUUCAUACUUGGGCACCGAAUACCCUGGCAGUACAGGCUGGCACUUUGGCCCACCUGGCUUCACGUGGCGGAAGAGGGCAGUGAGCCGCUGGAUGACGGCAUGCUGUGCGCUGACGAAACUUGCCAAAAGCAGAUCGAGAAGGACGUGCCGAGGCCAGACCCACAAAACCGCGUUCUGGCGAACGCUGCGGCUUGCGGCAGGGUGCUGUCGGGGGAAACAGCUGUACUAUGGAGCCGAAUCGUUUUGCGAGUGGAGUUGGCGAUUCGGGCGCUCCAGUGGAAUUCCUGCAAGCCUUUCCCACGGGCUAGCGCGUCGCAGCGUAGCAGAGCUUCACUUGGGCUAUUGAGCUUGACAUAG